AUGCCCUCCCAAGACCAAUCCGACACGAUCGUCCUCAACCUAGGCUCCCGCGGUUAUAUCCAAGGUCGCGAGAUCCGCGACAAUGCUGACCCAUUAGCACAAUAUUUCGGCGGCGUUCGUUAUGCGCUUCCGCCAUCUCAACGAUGGGCAAUUGCACGACGGCUACCAGCUGAAUUUUCGUAUGGUAGCGAGCUCAAUCCAGGGAAGUGCGAUGGACGGGCAGAGACUUGUCCACAGCCGUUUAUGAGUGAUCAGGGAAGUGAGGAUUGUUUUGAGUGUAAUGUUUGGAUGCCGGUGGGGAGGUGUCCUAAUGAAGGAUGGCCGGUUAUAUUCUAUAUCCACGGCGGCUUCCUCCAAACAGGCAGCCCCAACGACACAAACCCAGCCCGACUCAUCGGUGAAACAAAUCUAAAAUGCGUUAUUAUAACACCAGUCUACCGUCUCGCUAUUCUCGGAUUCUUGAGCUCGGAUGAACUCUCACAGGAGGCCGCGGUACAAGGAGAGCCAUGCGGUAACCAGGGAUUCUGGGACCAGCGGACAGCGCUCGAAUGGGCGUAUGAGUAUGCUCAGUAUUUUGGGGGGAAUCAGUAUAAUAUUACCGUUGCUGGGUACUCUGCUGGAUCAUUCUCGGUGUUUAAUCAACUUGCUCACGACUUGUAUCUACCACGCGAAAAGAGUAUUAUUCGGCAAGCUAUCAUGCUUUCGAAUGGACCCGGCGUGCAGCCCAAGGCAGCAUCUGAAGCGCAAAAACAAUUCGAUCAGCUUCUCAUAGCACUAAACAUACCCACACAUUUACCUGCUUCAGAAAAACUUGCGCGGUUACGACGCAUACCUACGAGACAGCUUAUCGAUACAAGCCUCAGGACGCAAUAUCACCAAUACAGACCCUGGCACGACGGCCAAUUCGUCCCAACCACACUCUUUUCAGAUAUUGACAACGGCACUUUUGCGCGUCGCAUGGUUGAGCGCAACAUUCGCUUGAUAAACGGGGAAUGCCGUGAUGAGCAUUUCUUGUAUGGGACAUGGUACACUCCUGCGAACUCUCUGGGCUCUCUACGACAACGGCUUGAAGCAGAUUAUCCGUCUGAUGCCUGCGAUACAUUGGUUAACCUCUACUAUCCUGAUGGCCAGCUACCGGCGGGUGUCUACAACUGGCAAGAUGCCUUUGGCAGAUUAUAUGCUGAUGUGCAGGUACACAUGCUCGAGCGUGGAUUCGUGAAUGCGCUCGCUCAGGGCGGUGCCGGUCAUCUCGUCUAUCGAUAUAGGAUCGAGUAUCGCGUAGAGUGUGUCACGCUGCCUCCUGAAUGGGGCGUGACGCAUUCAUCGGAUAUGGCGAUGUGGCUAUGGGGUAAUGGCGCCACAUUGAAUCCGGAGGAGAAGAGGCUUGUGAACGAGGCAUUGAUUGAGCCGUUGGUAGAAUUAGUUAAUGGGAACUCCCCUAGUAAAUGGGUCGAUGGAGAUGAAAAUGGGGUGCAAAGAGUAAGGAGGUUAAGAUCGGAUGGGAAGGUGGAUGUUUGGGUUGAUGAUGAGAUGUGGCAGAGGGGAUUACAAGUAUGGAGUGCGUUGAGGAGGGCUCGUACAGAGAGUAGCACACCUGCGAAGUUGUGGCAGGCAAAAUAA